AUGGUGAUCAAAUUGCACAUGGUCCUCGACAUCAAGAAAAGUCUAACACUGUUUGAUUCGGGACACACGAUUCGGCAGUCGAAGGGAAAGCUAAUAAAGAUGAAUAUUCCCACCGCACUACGCUGUAUGAAAGUGCAUGGGCGGCUGUCAGAGGUGGAAUUUGUCAUUAACAGGAUGCUGGCAACGGCGGAGCAGGAGCAGCGCGUGCCCGAGGAUUACCUCCCUAUGGCGGAGAUUCAACUCGUCAACCGGGAUGUCUUGCAGAUGUUGGACGACGAUACGACAUCUUCAAGCGUCACCACUCUCGGACAGGUGGAGACUCUUAUCGCGCCUGCAUUCCUCGCCUGCCGGGCGUGGCAAUCAGGCUUCCUCCCGAUGUUCGAAAACGGCACAUUCCAGAAGGGCGCAACACUGGCAAUAAUGUCCAGAGAACUUCGGCCCGACCAAGGACGAACUACAGAAGAUGUUAUUGAAAGCCAAAUUUCGCGCGUUGAUGGGGGCACCCUCAUGCGGUUCUGGCUCGGUGGCACGAUUAUGGAGUUGCUGGACGACACGGCGAACCCCUCUUCUUGGGUCGAUCCCUUCACUCUCUCUAGCCAACGGUACGAUGAUCUCAACUCUCUCGACCGCAGUGUCGAGAACAGCCAGAAUUGCCCAUUGGCUUCCAAAAUCGCGAUAGCUGCCUCGCUUGAGAACGAGCGUGAGGCUCCGCCUUGUCUUGCCAAGGCUACUUUGAGCUCACCUGAGUCAUCCUCGGCGAGUGGUGAGGCCAGGACCCGGGAGCAGUAUGGCGCAAUGAAUCCGCCAAAAGGGCUAUAUGAUCCUCGCCUGGAGUACAGCGCUAGUCAAGUUGCCGCCAAAGCGUCCAAAGCUUACGAUACACCUUCUGAUGACGGAAGCCUGAGUGACGACGAGAUGCGGAGUCUGCAUCAGAGGUAUGGUGCCGGCUCGAGGGUCCGCCAAAACACGUUUUCAGUCUCGUCAAGUUCCUCGGAGUCUCCCGCUCAUUCAACGCGGAUCGGCGCCACGACCUCACCAAGUCCGAACUCAGAACUCGAAGCAUGCUGA